UCCAAUAUAGGGUUACAGCAAAUUAGGGUUUUUACAUUGCCAAUCGACCGCCUAGAAUGGAGGUAGAAGAGGCCGGUGCCACCCAAUCUACUGUCACAGAUCCGUCAAAUGUGGCCGCGCCGCCGCAAUCUCUUUUACUAAUAAGAAAUUUAGCUUCGUGCAACACAUCCGCUAGGUCAAAAGCUCUCCGAGAACUCACCAAUUGGCUUCCCACACAGCUCGAAAUCUCCGAUGAUGAAAUGAAAAAGCUCUGGAAAGGGCUCUUUUAUUGCAUAUGGCACGCCGAUAAGGCUCCCGUACAAUCGAAUCUCAUUGACCGACUCUCGUCCAUGCUACUUACCUUGGAUGUCCCUCUCUCACUCCAUUAUCUCUCUGUCUUCUUUACGACACUCCGUCGUGAAUGGUCGGGCAUCGAUGUGCUCAGGUUAGACAAGUUUUAUUUGCUUAUACGUCGAUUCGUAAAUUGCAGUUUUCAGUUGCUUAAAAAGAAUUCGUGGGACAUUGAAUUGAGUCGGCGUGUGAUGACUAUUUACGAAGAGAAGUCGUUGUUGGCUAAUGAGAAGAAGUUUUUAGGAAAUGGUGUGAAUUAUCAUAUCGUUUCAGUUUUUCUCGAAGAAAUCAAGAGUUAUUUGCCUCUCAGUGGUGAAAUAUAUGAGAUUCUUUUUAAACCCUUGUUUCGUGUUGCUAGUAGUUGUCAAGACAAGGUGUUGGUCGGUAAAAUUAGGAGUAAUGUUUUUGAGCCUUUGUUGUGUAUGGGAAAAAGUUUGCUUGAGAAGAAGAAAAAUGGUGAGGACGAUAUAGAGGAUCUCGAGGUUAUGAAUUUGGGUACAAUAGCGUUGAAGAUGGGUUUUGCAGCUAAGCUUUUUGAAUUGGGAUCAUCUAGUGAUUGUUUUCAAGGGAACAGGAAGGUUUUGUUUGGCUUGCAUAUGGAGUUCUUGAAAUUGGAGAAGGAUUUGGAAGUUUCUGGAAUAAAAGUUUCAAUUCCUGCUGUCCAAGUUGAUAAUGGUGAUGAAGAGGUUCCUGUUUUGGUACCUAUUGUUGCUGACGAGACACAGAGAAUUAGCUCUGGUUUGCCAUUGGAAGCGCCUGAAUGUGUUGAAGGUGGAUCCAAAAAGGUGUCAAAGAAGAAGAAGAAGAAGAAGAAGGCCAAGGAGGGUUCAGAUAGUCAAAAACACCAAAUUGUGAAAGAAAGUGACAAUGACAAUAACAAUGUGAUUAUUGCUAAUGGGGAGAGUGUAAGCAAUGGAAUAAUCAAUGAUGGGAAUGAUGUAACUUUUAGUGAGCUCUUCAAAUCAAAUCUUCAGAUGGAGUUUCAGAAGGUAGCUGAUGAAGAGGGUUUGGAUAAAGAUGGUGAAUCAAGUUUGCCUGAUUUAUCAACAGUCACUAUCUCAAAUGUUAAAGUUCCAAGAAAGAGAAAGAGGGUGAGGACUGCUGAUGCACGAGAGUCUCACAAUGCUGACCUCGGUGAACAAGGAGGAACUGCCAUGAAGAGCUGUGAGAAGAGUGCGAAAAAAGUUAGAUUUUCAAUCAAGAAUAACUUGGUAUGGAAACCACAGAGUCCGCUGCCUCCUCAAAGUCUCAGAAUCCCACCCUCUGUUACCCCUCGAGGCAGUGCCCUAAAGAAAGGAGUACCCCCUGGACCAAUUAGAGAGAUGCCCCCUGCAGUAAAAAGGGUGAAGAAGAAGAAGGUUCGAAAGGUGAUGAAGACCACCUCCCCUGCCAUCAAACGACUGAGGAAGCUGCAGACUCUUUCUACUUGACUUAUGAUGAAGGUUGGUGGAUCCUUAAUGAUUGUUCUUUCUUUUUUGUUUUUAUAAAAUUUUUCUUGUAUUUGCAUUGAGGUUUUCUAUUUCUGGUGCUUGUCUUUCAAAAUUCGGAUGGAAUCUUAUAUACUUUGUAGUCCUGUAGUUUGUCACUUGAUAUUUUGAUUGAAUCUGAAACUGAACAAUACUUGAGUUAGCGCCCACUUAUUGGACUUUUAUUGUAACAUAUGCAUUUCAAUUACUAUUUUGUUUAACA